UAGUUCUCCAGUUUGGACUGUUAUCAUUGUCUGCAUAGAAGUUGUCAUAAAAGUAUUAUACCUAAUACAUCUGGUCAUAUGUUCUAAUUAGAUCUAUACCACAUUCUGUCAAAAGGUUAGAUAUAUAAACGUGUCAAUCACAAGCAUUUGUUUGCUGUUUCUUGAUUAACUAAAGAAUAAGCAUGAGGAUGCUGGUAGUGUCUAUUCUCUGGCUAGGCCUGGUUGUGUGCUCAGAAGGCAAGGGUGCUUUGCGUGGAAUGUUUCCUGACAAGUACCCGCCCAUGAAACACACUGAUGUCGACCCUGGUCAGCCUGUGUUCCUGUCACCGUAUAUUGAGAAAGGCCAGUUUGAUCAAGCCCAGAAAGCCAGUCAGGUCGGCCCUAUCCCAGGUGUGGACCAGCCCAGCUAUGCAGGCUUCAUCACUGUCAAUGAGUCCAUGGGUAGCAACAUGUACUUCUGGUUCUUUCCAGCUCAGGAUGGUGCUGCCGAUGCCCCAGUUGUCCUGUGGCUGCAGGGGGGCCCAGGGGGAUCAUCUCUGUUUGGACUCUUCAUUGAGAACGGACCCAUCUUUGUUAAUGAAGACAUACAAUUUGUGAAGCGAGACAUAACCUGGAACAUUAAAUACUCCAUGCUGUACAUUGACAACCCAGUCGGUACAGGGUUCAGCUUUACUGGGACUGAUGACGGCUAUGCCAAGAAUGAGGUGGACGUCGCUAGGGACCUGUACAGCUGCCUGACCCAGUUCUUCCAAGCCUUCUACCAAUACAAGAACAAUCCUUUCUAUGUGACUGGAGAGUCGUAUGCCGGGAAGUAUGUGCCAGCCAUCAGUUACAAGAUCCAUAUGGAGAACCAUAGUCCUUUUGUGAAGCAAUGGAUCAAUCUGCAGGGGCUGGCGAUAGGGGACGGGCUGUGUGACCCAGAAACUAUGAUGCUCCAGUACGCAGACUUCAUGUUCCAGAUAGGCAUGUUGGAUGAGAACCAGCGCGACUACUUCCAGGGCUACGCUAAAAUGGCCGUGGAGCACAUCCAGAACAAAGACUUCCUUAAAGCCUUUAAUGUAUUUUCUGAGCUCAUACUUAGUGGUCGCUAUAGUUACUUUGGUAAUGCCACCCAGACUGAAGAUUACUACAACAUUCUAAGAACAAAGGAGCCAGAAGACUUUGCCUACUACGGUCAGGCCCUGGCUGACCCUGCAGUGAGGAAUGCCAUCCACGUUGGUAACCUGACCUACAACAGCGGGGAUCAGGUGGAGAAACAUAUCAUCAAUGACAUCAUGGACACAGUAAAACCAUGGGUGGCAGUACUCAUGGAUAACUAUAGGGUUAUGAUGUACACCGGUCAGCUGGACAUUAUCGUUGCCAUCCCUCUGACGGAGGCAUUUCUGUUGACCGUCCCCUGGAAGGGGCUGGAGGCAUACAAGGCUGCUGAUAGGAUGGUCUGGAGGAUCAACCCUGGGGACAGGGAGGUGGCCGGCUAUGUACGACAGGUCGACGACACCUUCUAUCAGGUUAUAGUGCGUGGUGGAGGUCACAUUCUACCAUAUGAUCAGCCUGCGAGAAGCUUGGACAUGAUUGACAGAUUCAUCAACAACAGGGGCUUCCAUUAAUCACAUCUUUACAAUAUUCAGCACCAUUUGCCAUCCUAUCAUACAGCAACUAAUAUGUGAUUAUGGAAACUAUGAUGACUGAAUAGUUUCAUAUAAAUAUCAUUGUAUCAUGUGAUAAAUUAUUGGACAAUGAUAAAAGUUGAUACUAGAUAUGGUUGCUAAGACAAUUUUUUAUGGGAACAUUGUACUGUUAACUAAACUUGAUACUGGAAAACAGUCAGUUAGGGAAAUAUCCAUAGCAAAACAGCAUCUCUUUCCCUUUCGCUCUCAUUUGCUUUGUACCCUCAAAUAGUUGAUCCUCACUCUGGGAAAACAGGGUUUAAUGCAUGUCCAUAAAGUGUUGUCUCAGCCUGUGCAGUAUAAUCUGGGACAACACUUGUCAUUUCAAUCGAUUUGUUGGAUAAGCCUGUGCAUACUGCAUGACACCUGUUACAACACUUUAGGCACAUGCAUAAAGCCUGUGCAUACUGCAUGACACCUGUUACUACACUUUAGGCACAUGCAUAAAGCUCCAUUUUCUCCGAUACAUUCCCUGGAUUAAGCUUAUUGUUAAAACAUGUUAGCAGACUAGUCUUGCUAAUCUGUCUGUCCCUUUCAAGCACACUGACUUAGUGAACCUAUAUCUUUCCCUAAAUUGGUACAUCCUAAACAUUGUACAUGAUAGACCAUGAUAUCCACCUGUAGUUGCAGUUUAAUUGAGGCAUUGCAGCAAUUAUAACGAUAAUGAUUAGGAUGUGGUAUCUAAACUGAUUAAAAAGUAUGUAUUAUAUAGGACAAGACACAUUACAUGCAUUGCUAUUUGAACAUAAUUUGCGAUUAUGUACUUCAACAUUGACUUGUUGUUCCUGUAUUUAUUUGUUGAUUGUUUGCACCAUAUUUUAAGAGAACUUAUUUUAUAUAAAUAAACUGUUUUAAAACUG